UGGCGAUCAAUGGCGAUCCACGGUGGUGUUUGAUGCUGUAGACGCAGUGCGCCGGCAACGACUGUGACAGGCCAUUUACAAGCCGUAGGUAUAACCAGCCCAGAGCGAGAUGUCCAAGCCAGACGAAAAUGCGGACACUGGCGAUACCGGAGAUAACUCGAACGGGUCUUCGGCAGAGACCACGUCAUCGAGGGGUGGCGAUUUUGAGACGAAACUCGAGACCGAUCGCAGCAAACGAUUCGAUUACUUACUGAAACAGACCGAGAUAUUCUCGCACUUUAUGACAAACAAUCAAAAGGAUAAAGCUGGUAGUCCGUUGAAGAUCAAAGCUGGCAGACCUAGAAAACAACAACCGGAGAAUCAACCUAAAUCAGAUUCGGGCGAUCACAGACAUCGUAAGACCGAGCAGGAGGAGGAUGAGGAAUUAUUAGCCGAGAGUAACGCCAGUGUGGCGCCUACAACGCGCUUCGAAUCCUCGCCACAUUAUAUCAAGUCGGGUGAGUUGCGUGAUUAUCAGAUACGAGGUUUAAAUUGGAUGAUAUCGCUCUACGAGCAUGGUAUAAACGGUAUUCUGGCGGACGAGAUGGGUCUAGGUAAGACACUACAGACUAUCUCCCUGCUCGGAUACAUGAAACACUUUCGAAACAUUCCUGGCCCUCACAUUGUCAUUGUUCCCAAAUCGACACUGGCUAAUUGGAUGAAUGAGUUUAAAAAGUGGUGUCCCAGCCUCAGAGCUGUCUGUCUCAUCGGAGACGCAGAGACCAGAAAUACUUUCAUCAGAGAUGUAAUGAUGCCUGGUGAAUGGGACGUGUGCGUAACGUCCUAUGAGAUGGUAAUCAAGGAAAAAUCGGUAUUCAAAAAGUUCAAUUGGCGUUACAUGGUAAUAGACGAAGCUCACAGAAUAAAGAACGAAAAGUCCAAGCUGUCGGAGAUUCUCAGGGAGUUCAAAACCACCAACCGGCUUCUGUUAACAGGCACACCGUUGCAAAAUAAUCUUCACGAGUUGUGGUCCCUGUUGAAUUUCCUUUUGCCGGAUGUAUUCAAUAGUUCAGACGAUUUUGAUUCGUGGUUUAAUACAAAUAGUUUUCUAGGCGAUAAUUCAUUGGUUGAGAGGUUACACGCAGUCCUGAGACCAUUUCUCUUGAGGCGUUUAAAGUCUGAAGUGGAAAAAGGACUCAAACCCAAAAAAGAGAUCAAAGUGUACAUUGGUCUGAGUAAAAUGCAAAGAGAAUGGUAUACCAAAGUAUUGAUGAAGGAUAUAGAUAUCGUGAACGGUGCAGGAAAAAUAGAGAAGAUGAGACUGCAGAACAUUUUGAUGCAACUGCGUAAGUGUUGCAAUCAUCCGUAUUUGUUCGACGGCGCCGAGCCCGGACCGCCAUACACUACUGACGAGCAUCUCGUCUAUAACUGUGGCAAAAUGGUAAUACUCGAUAAAUUAUUGCCGAAAUUACAGCAGCAAGAAUCUCGAGUUUUGAUAUUCAGUCAGAUGACGAGAAUGCUUGAUAUUCUAGAGGAUUAUUGUCAUUGGAGGUGUUUUCAGUAUUGUCGGUUGGACGGCAACACCGCCCAUGAGGAUCGACAGCGACAAAUCAACGAGUACAAUGCACCCGGUAGCGAGAAAUUUAUUUUCAUGUUGUCAACUCGCGCUGGUGGCCUAGGUAUCAACUUGGCAACUGCUGACGUAGUCAUCAUUUAUGAUUCCGAUUGGAAUCCGCAAAUGGAUCUGCAAGCGAUGGAUCGCGCACAUCGUAUAGGCCAGCAGAAGCAAGUGCGGGUCUUCAGAUUUAUCACGGAGAACACGGUAGAGGAAAAAAUUGUCGAACGGGCCGAGGUGAAGCUGCGCCUGGAUAAGCUCGUUAUUCAGCAGGGACGACUUGUCGACGCCAAGCAAACAGCAUUGAACAAGGAUGAAAUGUUGAACAUGAUCAGGCACGGCGCAAACGAGGUGUUUGCGUCCAAGGACAGCGCCAUCACUGACGAGGAUAUAGACACUAUACUGCAAAAGGGUGAAGCAAAAACGGAGGAAAUGAAGCAAAAAUUGGAGAGCCUGGGUGAGUCCUCGUUACGGAAUUUUACUGUCGAUGCACCGACCGAUUCUGUGUACCAGUUCGAAGGCGAGGAUUAUCGUGAGAAACAGAAGAUUCUCGGAAUAGGCAACUGGAUAGAGCCACCAAAACGCGAGCGUAAAGCUAAUUAUGCCGUCGACGCUUAUUUCAGAGAAGCAUUGAGAGUAUCGGAACCGAAGGCGCCGAAAGCGCCGAGGCCGCCGAAGCAACCAAUAGUGCAAGAUUUUCAGUUUUUUCCACCGCGACUGUUCGAGCUGCUAGAUCAGGAGAUUUAUUAUUUUAGGCAGACAGUCGGCUACAAAGUCCCGAAAAAUCCCGAGCUCGGAUCGGACGCCGCCCGAAUACAGAAGGAGGAACAACGCAAGAUCGACGAUGCUCAACCGCUCACCGAUGAGGAAAUCGUCGAGAAGGAGAAGCUGCUUCUUCAAGGCUUCACUAACUGGACCAAACGGGACUUUAAUCAGUUCAUCAAGGCAAACGAGAAAUAUGGCCGCGACGAUAUCGAGAAUAUCGCCAAGGAGGUCGAGGGGAAAACGCCGGAAGAAGUAAUGGAAUAUUCGGCCGUUUUCUGGGAACGUUGCCACGAGCUCCAGGAUAUAGACCGCGUGAUGGCCCAGAUCGAGCGAGGCGAGGCCAAGAUACAAAGACGCGCGGGUAUCAAGAAAGCUCUGGAUGCUAAGAUGGCCAGAUAUCGCGCGCCCUUUCAUCAGCUCAGGAUAGCUUAUGGCACGAACAAGGGUAAGAAUUACACCGAGGAGGAGGACCGAUUUCUCGUUUGUAUGCUGCACAAACUUGGUUUCGACAAGGAGAACGUGUACGAAGAACUACGAGCUACGGUGAGAUCGGCGCCACAAUUCCGUUUCGAUUGGUUUGUCAAAUCCCGCACCGCGUUGGAGUUACAGCGUCGCUGCAAUACCCUGAUAACACUGAUAGAACGCGAGAAUCAAGAAUUAGAGGAACGCGAGAGACAAGAGAGGAGAAAGAAAGGUGGCAGCUUAGGAACGAAACCGACCUCGAAGCGAAAGCAAGAGAAUCUGCCGGCGCCUCAAGAUAAACCGCGAAAAAAGAAAAAGUAAACUACUAUCGUGUGUAAGUGACGAGUUCAUUCUCUCUCUUUCUCUGGACUUUUAAAACCCUUUACGACGCGAUUGAGAAAUACGGACCACAGUGUAUUCGCCAGACAUUUUUUCUAUAUUUACAAAUCUACAAGUUUUCACAACGAUUUUGCGAAUAUAUUCUAUCUCAUAGCACAGAACAUUGCGACAAUGUUGCUGCAAUAUUGCUGUAAUGUUCUGUACUACGUGGAAUCGGACGCCUAUUACAUACUUCAUAUAUCAUUGCAAUAGGAUACAUUUUUAAAUAACGAUCGUCAUCACGCAUCAUCAAAUCGUUUAAUGUUUAUAAUUCGUCAUAAUUAAUAUUCAUAAAAGUUCGAAACUAGUUUUUAUUAAAGCAGCGAAAUUAUCAAUAGUCACGUUGCGAUGGACUUUCUGAUAGAUUUAGCAAGAGUUCGAAAGAUAUGAUUUUUUU